UAAUAGCUUUUUUUUGUAAAUUUAAAUAAAUUUCUUGGUAGCAGUUGAUGUUUGCAGCUACCGCCUGGGAUACCUUAAAACUUCUGUCAUUGUCAGGAUCGUUUUUUAUAAAAAUUCUCCAUUGCUUCGUCAAUCAGACCCAUCGCUUUUGAAAUUUGUUUGGAGGUUAAACACUGUUCUACGAACAUUUCUACUAAACCAUCCCCGAGUUUUGAUAUCAAGACGCAAUUAUAAACAGAAGUAGGUAAGCUAGAUGUCAAUGUUGAAAAACGUAAAACUGCCAAAAAUUCAAAGGCAAUGUUGGUAAAAGUUGAUAUUGGCGUUGCCACAAUGGUUGAUUUAGAAAAAAAAAGUUAAACAACGCAACAACGAGAAUAUAACGACGCACAGUGAAAAUUAGUGUUAAUAAAGCAGCGACGCAACUUCGAAAAAACGCAAAACGAAACGACGCAAAGCGGGGUCUAGGUGUAUUUACAUAUUUUGUGGCUCAGCAUGUAUUUGCAUGUAUUUUUACAGCAUACUUUUAGGCUCGUAUAAUUAAUUUUAUAAAACAUGAAUGUCUUGGGUUCAGCUGCCAUCUAACCUUAAUUCUUAACCUUAGCCACAGCAUUGAACACAUUCGCUUACUAAUACAUUGUUUGAGUCUUUAGUAAUAUCAAAACAAUGAGUUUCUGUUUGGUUGCUUUUUGUUCUAAGCAGAGGUAAAAGUCAAGCCUUGAAUCCACUCACUUUUGACUUGUUUAUGGUGAUAGGAGUAAGUACUUGCCCCUGAGGCAAGUUCAAAAAUAAUUGUAAGAAACAUACAGAAAAACCUGUCGAUGUCUGAUAAAGUUGCUGCCUGCAUUUCAACCUCAAUUAGGCGCGGAGUAGACUGGUGGCCUGACCUUGUCUCACAGAACGAUAACAGGUCCAGGUCCAGAUCCAUGCAAACUGUGGCAUUGGGUCAGGCUAUAUAAAGCAAGUGUCGGGCACAGGUUUCAUUUGUGUAGUAAGCCAGCAAGUGACAGGAAGAAACCUUUAAGCAAUUAUGUGGAGCAAACUGAUAAUAUUCAUAGCCUUCCUGGCCUACACCCAAGCCGGACUAUUGCCCGUGAAAUCUGUAGGAAGUGAGGAUACGUUUGAUGCCCAUCCACGCUAUUCCUUUGGCUAUGAUGUCCAAGAUGCGGAGACAGGCGAUGUUAAAUCUCAGACAGAGCAACGCGAUGGCGACCGUGUUCAGGGCCAAUAUAGCCUUAACGAUGCCGAUGGCUAUCGACGGGUUGUGGAAUACACUGCCAAUGCUGAGCAAGGAUUCCAGGCUGUGGUUCGACGUGAACCCAUCUCUGGGUCAGCACCAAUUAUACCGAAAGUUGUUGCAACCAAAGUCCAACCAUUGCAGCUGCAGCCCUUGAAAAAGUUGCCUGUCCUGAAGUCUUAUGUCCCAGCGGCAGCUGUGGUUAGAUCAUACUCUUCGCCUUCUACUAUAAUUCAUCAUCAUUCGCCAGUUGCUCAUGUUGUACAUGCUGCCCCAGCUCCAGCAAUUUUAACGCAUCAUGUCCCAGUGACGUCAUUAGUGAAAACAACUUCUCUUCAUCAUACAUCGCAUCCUCAAGCCAUUUCAUAUGUGUUCUAGAUAUAUUCAAAUUUCAAUAAAAUAUUUAAAAUAUUUUCA